UGAUUGUGCUGAACGUAUUUGUUUACUGCGACUUAUUGAUCGUCGUGUUAUAAAUCGUUUUCAAAAAUUUCUCGUUUGGCUUGGUUAUCCUCGUGGUAUAAUACAAGACACAAAAAUAACAUCAUUUUGUAAAAUACUCAGUGAAUUUGCACUUGAAUAUCGUACAACACGUGAUCGUAUAACAACACAAAAAGAAAAGAAACAAACGCGAGCUGAACGAAGUAAAACAAGUGGCAAAUUAAUAACUGAAAUUAUUCCAGAAAAAAGUGGUUUACUAAAACAUGCUUUACCAAAUGAUACUCGAACAGAUGACGAAGCUGAAUUUAUUUAUCAACGUGCUAAUGAAAAUGCUCAUACAUCUAAUAAUCGAUUUAAUAGUGAUGCAUCUCGUAAGACAUCUGUCGGAUCAAAACAACAAAUGCAACAAAAUUCACAACCAGGUGGUCUAGCAGCUGCGAUGAAUAAUGUAUCAAAACAAGAAAUAAUGAUGCCUGGACAUAGACUAAGAGAAAGACCUGCGGUUAAUCCUUUGAAGAAGCCUACAGUACAAUCUCCAUCCCAUUUAAGCGUAAAACAAUCAAAUAAUCCGAAUGAAACUGACGCAUUUGAUACAAGUGAUGAAUUACUUGAUGAUCUCGUUAAAAAUGCUACAUUGACAGCAUCAAGAGAUGCUCUUAAACAACGUAAAACAGCUCGAUAUGGUGCUCAACGACGAUCUUUACGUCGAACACUUCAUCUUGGUUUAAAUGACGAAGAACGUGCUGAAGUACUUGGUGCUGGACAAAACUAA